GGCGCAUGCGCGGUGCGGGCGGCGGCGCGGGGGGACGCGGUGGCGCCGGGCCCGGCGCAGGCGGGGGCGGAGGCGCGAGCGGAGCAUGAAUGGGGCAAGAUGGCGGAUCAUGUGCAGAGCCUGGCCCAGCUGGAGAACCUGUGCAAGCAGCUCUAUGAGACCACGGACACGGGCACGCGCCUGCAGGCCGAGAAGGCGCUGGUGGAGUUCACCAACAGCCCCGAGUGCCUGAGCAAGUGCCAGCUGCUGCUCGAGAGGGGCAGCUCCUCCUACUCCCAGUUGCUGGCGGCCACCUGCCUUACCAAACUGGUGUCGCGCACAAACAACCCCCUGCCCCUGGAGCAGCGCAUCGACAUCCGGAAUUAUGUGCUGAACUACCUGGCCACGAGGCCGAAGCUGGCGACGUUCGUGACGCAGGCGCUGAUCCAGCUCUACGCCAGGAUCACCAAGCUGGGCUGGUUCGACUGCCAGAAGGACGAGUACGUCUUCAGGAACGUCAUCAACGACGUCACCAGGUUCCUGCAGGCCGACACCACCCACCCCCUGACCAAGCACAGGAAAAUCGCCUCUUCCUUCCGAGAUUCCUCUUUAUUCGAUAUUUUCACCCUCUCCUGCAGUUUACUGAAACAGGCUUCGGGGAAGAACCUGAACCUGAACGACGAGAGCCAGCACGGGCUGCUGAUGCAGCUGCUCAAGCUCACCCACAACUGCCUGAACUUCGAUUUCAUCGGCACCUCCACGGACGAGUCCUCGGAUGAUCUUUGCACCGUGCAGAUCCCAACCAGCUGGAGAUCAGCAUUCUUGGAUUCUUCGACCCUUCAGUUGUUUUUUGAUCUUUAUCAUUCCAUCCCUCCUUCAUUUUCUCCUCUGGUUUUAUCCUGCUUGGUGCAGAUCGCCUCCGUGCGCCGCUCCCUCUUCAACAACGCCGAGAGGGCCAAGUUCUUAUCCCACCUGGUGGAUGGGGUCAAACGGAUACUGGAAAACCCCCAGAGUUUAUCAGACCCCAACAAUUACCACGAGUUCUGCCGGCUGCUGGCCCGGUUGAAAAGCAAUUACCAACUGGGAGAACUGGUGAAGGUGGAGAAUUACCCCGAGGUGAUCCGGCUCAUCGCCAACUUCACCGUCACCAGCCUGCAGCACUGGGAAUUUGCUCCCAACAGUGUGCACUACCUGCUGAGCCUGUGGCAGCGCCUGGCCGCGUCCGUGCCCUACGUGAAGGCCACGGAGCCUCACAUGCUGGAGACCUACACGCCCGAGGUGACCAAAGCCUACAUCACCUCCCGCCUGGAGUCCGUGCACAUCAUCCUCAGGGAUGGCCUGGAGGACCCUCUGGAGGACACGGGGCUGGUGCAGCAGCAGCUGGACCAGCUGUCCACCAUCGGGCGCUGCGAGUACGAGAAGACGUGCGCGCUGCUGGUGCAGCUCUUCGACCAGGCCGCCCAGUCCUACCAGGAGCUGCUGCAGAGCGCCAGCGCCAGCCCCAUGGACCUGGCCGUGCAGGAAGGGCGGCUGACGUGGCUCGUGUACAUCAUCGGCGCCGUCAUCGGCGGCCGCGUCUCCUUCGCCAGCACGGACGAGCAGGACGCCAUGGACGGAGAGCUGGUCUGCAGGGUUCUGCAGCUGAUGAACCUGACGGACUCUCGGCUGGCGCAGGCGGGCAAUGAGAAGCUGGAGUUGGCCAUGCUGAGCUUCUUCGAGCAGUUCCGCAAGAUCUACAUCGGGGACCAGGUGCAGAAAUCCUCCAAGCUGUACCGGAGGCUGUCGGAGGUGCUGGGGCUGAACGACGAGACCAUGGUGCUGAGCGUCUUCAUCGGCAAGAUCAUCACCAACCUGAAGUACUGGGGCCGCUGCGAGCCGAUCACAUCCAAGACCCUGCAGCUGCUCAACGACCUCUCCAUCGGCUACAGCAGCGUCCGCAAGCUGGUCAAGCUCAGCGCCGUGCAGUUCAUGCUCAACAACCACACGAGCGAGCACUUUUCCUUCCUGGGCAUCAACAACCAGUCCAACCUGACGGACAUGCGCUGCCGCACCACCUUCUACACCGCCCUGGGCCGCCUCCUCAUGGUGGAUUUAGGGGAAGACGAGGAUCAGUACGAGCAGUUCAUGCUGCCCCUCACCGCUGCCUUCGAGGCCGUGGCUCAGAUGUUCAGCACCAACUCCUUCAACGAGCAGGAGGCCAAGCGCACGCUGGUGGGGCUGGUGCGGGACCUGCGGGGCAUCGCCUUCGCCUUCAACGCCAAGACCAGCUUCAUGAUGCUCUUCGAGUGGAUUUACCCCUCGUACAUGCCCAUCCUGCAGAGAGCCAUCGAGCUCUGGUACCACGACCCCGCCUGCACCACGCCCGUGCUCAAGCUCAUGGCCGAGCUGGUGCACAACAGGUCCCAGCGGCUCCAGUUCGAUGUCUCCUCUCCCAACGGGAUCCUGCUCUUCCGGGAGACCAGCAAGAUGAUCACGACCUACGGGAAUCGCAUCCUGACGCUGGGCGAGGUGCCCAAGGACCAGGUGUACGCGCUGAAGCUCAAGGGCAUCUCCAUCUGCUUCUCCAUGCUGAAGGCGGCGCUCAGCGGCAGCUACGUCAACUUCGGCGUCUUCCGCCUGUACGGGGACGACGCGCUGGACAACGCCCUGCAGACCUUCAUCAAGCUGCUGCUCUCCAUCCCCCACAGCGACCUCCUGGAUUAUCCCAAGCUCAGCCAAUCCUACUAUUCCCUGCUGGAAGUGCUCACCCAGGACCACAUGAACUUCAUCGCCAGCCUGGAGCCCCACGUCAUCAUGUACAUCCUGUCCUCCAUCUCCGAGGGCCUCACCGCGCUGGACACCAUGGUGUGCACGGGCUGCUGCUCCUGCCUGGACCACAUCGUCACCUACCUGUUCAAGCAGCUCUCGCGCAGCACCAAGAAGAGAUCGACGCCGCUGGCGCAGGAGAGCGAUCGCUUCCUGCACAUCAUGCAGCAGCACCCCGAGAUGAUCCAGCAGAUGCUCUCGACGGUGCUGAACAUCAUCAUCUUCGAGGACUGCCGGAACCAGUGGUCCAUGUCCCGGCCCCUGCUCGGCCUCAUCCUGCUCAACGAGAAGUACUUCUCGGACCUGCGGAACAGCAUCGUCAACAGCCAGCCCCCGGAGAAGCAGCAGGCCAUGCACCUGUGCUUCGAGAACCUCAUGGAGGGCAUCGAGCGCAACCUGCUCACCAAGAACCGCGACAGGUUCACCCAGAACCUGUCGGCGUUCCGGAGGGAGGUCAACGACUCCAUGAAGAACUCGAGCUACGGCGUCAACAGCAACGACAUGAUGAGCUGACGGCGGCACAGCCCGGCCCGGCCCGGCCCGCUGGGCCAGCCCAGCCCGGAGGGAGCAGCAGGGGGAGCUCACCUGGGCAGGCGUUUUCCCAUGGGAAAGGUGGAAUCCAGGUGCAGCAAUUCCAAGGUGUCUCUGUCUCUCUUUUUCCUUC